CCCCAUUAUUGGUGUCAGUGGGAAGAAUCGUGCCCCAUCAUUAGUGUCAGUGGGAGGAAUAGUACCCCAUCAUUGGUGUCAUUGGGAAGAAACAUGCCCCAUCAUUGGUGUCAGUGGGAAGAAAAACGUGCCCCAUCAUUGGUGUCAGUGGGAGGAAUAGUGCCCCAUCAUUGCUGUCAGUGGGAAGAAUCGUGCCCCAUCAUUGGUGUCAGUGGGAGGAACAGCACCCCCUCAUUGGUGUCAGUGGGAGGAAUAGCGCCCCAUUAUUGGUGUCAGUGGGAAGAAUCGUGCCCCAUCAUUGGUGUCAGUGGGAGGAAUAGUGCCCCAUCAUUGGUGUCAGUGGGAGGAAUAAUGCCCCAUCAUUGGUGUCAGUGGGAGGAAUAGUGUCCCAUCAUUGGUGUCAGUGGGAGGAAUAGUGUCCCAUCAUUGGUGUCAGUGGGAAGAAUAG